GAAAGGCAAGGCAAGGCAAACAAGUCAACUACACACAGGACAGCUCUUUCUGUGCGUGCACAUAUUAAUAUCCUUGUAAUUGUACAAGUGGUGCAGACUGUGUGUAUCCAUAUUGGCAGUUACAAGUGUAGCUCCCAUUUGCCUCCACACAGUAUGCAUUCUUACCACAAGGGUCAUUAUGUACUAUUGAUUGAACUCUGAGCUUGGCAAAUGUGCGAUUUUAGCUACGAGCUACGCAACAUUUG